CGCCUGUGCGUGCUGACGCAGCGCGCGCGGGGCCCCGAGGUGCCGCUGCCACCGCCAUGGGGGAGCCGCCGCGGCGGCCGCGCUCGCUCUUUCUGACUGGGCUGGCCGCCGCCUACCUCGCCGCCUUCGCCUCGCUCUACGUCCAGAUCCCCGGGCUGUAUGGGAGAGAUGGCAUCCUACCGGCUCGCAAAAUGCUGCGCCUCAGCGGGAAGGGCCUGUGGGAGCAGCUCCGGGAUUUUCCCACUCUGUUGUGGCUUGGUCCCCACUUGGGUUUGGAUACGGAGCUGGGGAUGGAACUGCUCUGCCUCCUCGGCAUCCUCGCCUCCUUCGGCGCCUUGCUGUUCGAGCCCCUGCGGGACAGCCUGCUCUUUGCCCUGCUCAGGAUGCUCUACCUCUCGCUCUACCAGGUGGGGCAGAUCUUCCUCUACUUCCAGUGGGACAGCCUCCUGCUGGAAGCGGGGUUCCUGGCAGUGCUGGUGGCCCCCCUGCACCUGCUGAAGUGGCGGUCCACGGCCUGGCGUCCCCACGACAGUGUCACCUUCUGGCUGGUGCGCUGGCUCCUCUUCCGGCUGAUGUUUGCCUCCCGGGUGGUGAAGCUGACCAGCCGCUGCCCCACCUGGUGGGGACUCACAGCUCUCACCUAUCACUACGAGACCCAGUGCAUCCCCACGCCGGCUGCCUGGUUUGCCCACCAGCUGCCUGUCUGGUUCCAGAAGUUCAGCGUGGUGGCCACUUACGUCAUCGAGAUCGCCAUCCCGCUCCUCUUCUUCGCGCCCAUCCGCCGCCUCCGGCUCUUUGCCUUCUACAGCCAGGUGCUGCUGCAGGUCCUCAUCAUCCUCACGGGUAACUACAACUUCUUCAACAUGCUCACCAUCGCCCUGGCCUUCUCCCUGCUGGACGAGGAGCACGUGGGGCGCUGGCUGGGGCGCAGCAAGAGGCGGCAUGCCAGCACCUGGCCCCCCAGCUUGCGGUCCUUCCUCUCCACCCUGCUGGAGCUGAGCACCUAUGCCCUCCUGCUCUACUGGAGCGUCCAAUCCUUCGGCCUGGAGAUCAACUGGGAGAAGAGGCUGCUGGACUCCAAAGUGGCCUUCACCUAUCACGAGUUCAAGAUGUGGCUGCAGACGGUGACCCUGCCGCUGGUGGGGCUGGGCUUCCUCUCGCUCUCCUGGGAGAUCCUCUCCGCAUUGUACAGGUGUGCCUGUGUCCGCGGCUGCUUCUGGAAGCUCUGGGCCAUGCUGCAGUGGGCCGUCUUCACCACAGCGACUGUGGGGAUGUUUGCCAUCAGCUUGGUGCCCUUCACCUAUAUCGACCGCGAGUCCAACGACAAGCUGUGGCCCGGCAUCCACCAGAUGUUCAGCGCGGUUGAGCGCUUCCAGGUGGUGAACUCCUACGGGCUCUUCCGCAGGAUGACAGGUGUCGGGGGGCGGCCCGAGGUGGUGCUGGAGGGCAGUUACGACAAGCAGAGCUGGACGGAGAUUGAGUUCAUGUACAAGCCCGGGAACGUCAGCGUGGCCCCCCCCGUGGUCACCCCGCACCAGCCCCGCCUCGACUGGCAGAUGUGGUUCGCGGCACUGGACCACCACAGCAGCAGCCCCUGGUUCACCAGCUUCGUCUACCGCCUGCUGCAGGGCAAGGAGGACGUGAUCCGCCUGGUGCAGGUCGAUGAGUCCCAGUACCCCUUCAGCGCUCGGCCCCCCGUCUACAUCCGCGCCCAGCUCUACAAGUACUGGUUCACUGGCAGCGCCGAGGGCAGCCAGGGCCCUGCGCCAUGGUGGCGGCGGCAGCAUUUCCAGGAGUUCUUCCCCACCGUCUCCUUGGGCGACCCUGCGCUGGAGAAUCUGCUCAGCCAGCACGGCCUGAAGGACAAGCUGUCCCCCCUGCGCCCGACGGAUGCCCUCCUGCCCUGGCUGCUGCGGUCCCUGCGCCAGCUUGUCCGUCCCUUCUCCGGCCCCACCGUCCUCUGGUCCCUCUACCUUGUGGCGGCCACCGUCUGCCUCCUGCGAGCCCUGGGCCGCCGGCCCCGGGGGGGUGCGCCCCCCGCCCGCCACAAAGGCCCCAGGCGAGGGGAGCCCACGGACCGGGGGGGCGGCGAGAAGAACGGGCAGGUGCGGAGGAAGGAGGCCAAAGAGGCGGAGGAGAAAGGCGAGGGCCGGGCCCGCGGGGCGGCCGAUGGCCACGGGGGCACCAAGAAGAAGAAGUGACGCCUGGAGCCACCCGCCCAGGCCCCGUCUUCCACCCACGGACUGAUGGCGCUGCCCCCCCUUGCCCCAGUGCUUCCCCGGGGUGGGGGGGUCCCUGGCAGGGGGGCAGCAGGCUGGUGUCCCCCCCACUGCUGUCACGCUGCCAACGCCUUCGCACACAGCGCGGUCAUCGCUUGCAGGUGUCCCCUCUGCCCCUCACCCCCUCCUGCAGCCCGGCAGGGCUGGGGGGGUGCUCCGUGCUAAGGGGGGUGCUCUGCGCUGGGGGGGGUGCUCUGUUUUGGGGGGGGGAUGCUCAGUGCUGGCGGGAGCAGCUUUAAGGCAUCGCCAGCCAUCCCAGUUACCCUUCCCGCUGCCCCUGGCCCCGUGCUCGGGGCAGUCUGGGGUGCUGUGUCCCCCCCAGAGCCCCUGCCCCCAGAGCAGGGGGGCUCUGGCUGUAACGUGCUUCCUGGUGGGGGGAGCACAGAGGUUUCCUAUAAUUUUCUAAAUAAAGCCUUUGACAUUCCA